GCUUUCUAGUAAUGUCAGCUGGGAUGCCGAACUUGGGAGAAAACAGCUCGCAGUUGUUUCUGAGUUGUUCAGAAAACGUCUCUUUUUUUGGCGGUUUUCUUGGGAUUUUAUUUGUUACGUUUCCUUGUAUAAUCUUUAUCGAGUUUUCUUGUUGCACAUAUUCUUUUUUUUUGUUCUCUCAAGAAACUCACGUACUUCAUUCGUUCUAGAUUUUUCUACCUACAUCCUAUCAGUCUCCGUAGUUCCUUGGAUUUUCGGGAAAUGGGGUUUCUCAGCACUUUCUUGGGAAUUAUUGGUUUCGGUUUUGGGAUUCCUAUUGGGCUCUUGGUGGGGUUCUUCCUCUUCAUCUACUCUGAUGCCAAAGAUGUGGAGUUAAUGUUGCAGGAUCCAGUUACCAGGCCACUCUAUGAGUUAGAUUCAAGUGCUUUACAAGAUAUUAUUCCUGAAAUUCCAUUCUGGGUGAAGAACCCUGAUUAUGAUCGAGUAGACUGGUUAAACAAAUUUAUCUCUGAUAUGUGGCCUUACCUUGAUAAGGCAAUUUGCAGUGCGAUUAGAACCACAGCACAACCUAUAUUUGCAGAGUACAUUGGGAAAUAUCAUAUUAAAGCAAUUGAGUUUAAGAAUCUUAGUCUCGGAACUCUUCCUCCUGCAAUAUAUGGUCUUAAAGUCUACGAGACUAAUGAGAAGGAACUGGUCAUGGAACCGGCAGUCAGAUGGGCUGGCAAUCCCAAUAUAGUUUUGCGAUUGAAAGUAUUGUCUCUAGAAAUAACAGUUCAGUUGGUGGAUUUACAGAUAUUUACUUUACCACGGAUAGUUUUGAAGCCUCUCGUGCCUACCUUUCCAUGUUUUUCAAGCAUUGUGUUAUCUUUGAUGGAGAAACCGCAUUUAGAUUUUGGAAUAAAUGUAUUGGGAGGUGACGUUAUGUCCAUACCCGGCCUCUACAGAUAUGUUCAGGAGACUAUUAAGAAACAAAUUGCAAGCCUCUACCUCUGGCCCCAAACACUUGAAAUUCCUGUUCUUGAUGCUUCAACAGCGGCCAUAAAAAAGCCCGUGGGGAUUUUACAUGUGAACGUUGUUCGAGCUCUUAAACUUUUGAAAAAGGACAUCUUGGGGACGUCUGAUCCUUAUGUCAAGCUCAGCCUUAGUGGAGAGAGGCUCCCUGCAAAGAAAACCACCGUCAAGAAGAACAACUUGAAUCCUGAGUGGAAUGAGAAGUUCAAGCUUAUUGUGAAGGAACCUGAUACUCAAGUUCUUCAAUUAGAAGUGUAUGACUGGGACAAGGUUGGUGGACAUGACAGGCUGGGAAUGCAGCUAGUUCCACUGAAACUGCUUACACCCUAUGAGGCAAAAGAAUUUAAGCUUGAUUUGCUCAAGCACACAAACAUUACUAAUCCUCAAAACCAGAAAAAGAGAGGGCAAAUUCAGGUGGAGAUGAAUUUUGUUCCUUUUAGGGAAGACAGUGCUAAGUUUAGUGGGCCACUGAAUGGAUAUGGAAGAAAGGAAAGCAGAUUUAGUAGAGCCCGUGAUGAUGAGGUGGAGGCUGGAGCAGGUUUACUUUCAGUAACUGUCCAAGGAGCAGAGGAUGUAGAGGGGGAGCGCCACAAUAAUCCUUAUGCCUUGGUUCUCUUUAGAGGAGAACAAAAGAAAACAAAGAUGAUAAAAAGGACUCGUGACCCUAUUUGGGAUGAAGAAUUCCAGUUUAUGCUCGAGGAGCCUCCUUUACACCAGAAGAUUCAUAUCGAGGUGAAGAGCAAGCGAACGGGCAUUAGUUUUCGAUCAAAGGAAUCAUUAGGACAUGUGGAGAUUAACCUUACUGAUGUUGUCCACAACGGCCGAAUCAAUGAGAAAUACCAUCUGAUCAACUCGAAGAAUGGAGUGAUACAUGUUGAGAUACGGUGGAAGACAGUUUGAGACACAGGAAAAGACGAGAUAGGAGCAUGAUAUGUUUUCAAGUAAUCUGUUCUUUCACAGUACAGGAUUAUUACAAAGGAGUUACAGAGGAGGAUUCAGAACAAGGCAGAAUUUUGGAGUUUUUAUUGGUUAAAUGCUAAAACGCUGCCCGAGUUUUGAGCCGUUUUCAUUUCAGCUUCGUCAUUAAGUUAUUAAUUUCAUUUUAGAUCAAGAUCCAUACACACAAGUACUAGGGCCUAGGUGUUAUUCUCUCUUACACUUGAGGUCUUUUGUUCGGACAGAAAUUUGUGAAUUUUUUUUUUUUUGCUAUCAUAUUAGUUCAUGCGCUUGAUCAAGCUAUCAUAAUAAUCUUCACCGCUAAUUCAU